AUGGCCGAUGAUGGAGCGGCCGGGGCGGCGUCUUCUUCGUCGUCACCGGCACCGUGGUUGUGGGCGACGUCAUCCUUAUCAGAAGGAGGCAUGUACGAUGUUUUUCUGAACUUUAGAGGCGAGGACACAAGGUUCUUAUUCACAGAUUAUCUCUAUCAUGGCCUGGCCGAUGUAAAAAAACUCCAAGUAUUCAGGGAUGAUCCGGGUCUGAAAUUAGGUGACGCAAUUAAACCUACUCUGAUGGAAGCCAUUAAAAGAUCUAGGAUUCAUAUUGUUGUGAUGAGUAAAAACUAUGUAUGUUCUUCAUGGUGCCUCAUGGAACUAAAGCAGAUGGUCAAGUACUCCAAAAACAAUGGGAACAAGCGAUCCAUUAUCCCAGUUUUUUAUAAUGUGAAGCCCGCAGAAGUGAGAUAUCAGAUUAGCACCGAAUCUAAGGAAGCCAUGCAGAAACAUGAAGAAAGAGAAGGCAAAGAGAAGGCAGAAGCGUGGAAGUCUGCUCUGUCUACGGUUUGCAAUCUUAGUGGAGAACACAUUGUUGAGCAGGGAGAUCAUUAUAAAUCAGGGGUCAUAGGCAAGAUUGCUGAACAAGUUUCUGAAAAACUUUUAGAGAUCAGGCAACAAAUAAAUAGAUUUGUUUCUCAAUUUGAAGUGGUUGAAUCACUUUUGAACCUUGAGUCUUGUGAUACUGUUGGUGUGAUGGGAAUUUAUGAAGAUCCUAAAAUAGGCAAAAGUUACAUAAGAGUAUUUGCUUUUGAGCUGUACUAUAAGAUCAAAUAUAAGUUCCAAGCAGCAGGUUUCCUUGUUGAUGUUAGUAAAUUUCUAAGGAAAACUACUGACAAUCACUUGGAAAAUCUCCAAAAGGAGCUUCUUGAUGAUAUGGAUGUGAAGACUAUGCAGGAGUUGGAGUAUAAAAAGAUGCUUCUGGUUCUGGAAGGGGUAAAUAGUAAAGAGCAUUUGGAGUUGCUAGUGGGAAUGGGAAUAAGUGAUUGGUUUGGUGGUGGUAGUAGGAUCCUCAUAGCAACAGAAAACAGAAAUCUCUUUGAGGAUUGUCCUGCUGUGAUGAAUGGUGUUAAGCUUGAGAAACAUUGCAUACGCGAAGGUGAAUUGGUGAAGGAAAAGAUUGUGAAGGAGAAGAAGGUAGUGGGAUUUGUGAAAGAAUUCAUCGAUGUUAUUAAUCAACUGAAGGAAGAAGAUUCAAAUGGGAGGAAUGUUGUUUCCAUUGUUGGCAUGGGUGGAUCAGGAAAGACUACCCUUGCCCGAAUGAUCUAUGACAGCAAUGAGGUGAGGCAGGUAUUCCCUUGCCGUGCAUGGGCAACUGUUUCCAAACAGUGCAUUGAAAAGGAAGUUUACAGAAACCUUCUCAAGUCUUUGAAGGUACCAAAAUCUGAAUAUGAAAUAUUAAGUAAAGUGGAGUUGAAGAAAAAGGUGAAAAAAUGUUUGAAUGGGCAAGGGGGGAAGUAUUUGAUAGUGCUGGAUGAUGUGUGGGAUAAAGAGGCGUGGAACAAGUUGGAGUGUCUUCUCCCAAAAGAGAAAAAUGGGAGCAGGAUAUUGAUGACUACGCGAAAUGAUAGGGUGGCAAACUAUGCAAUGUCAAAGGAACCUCACCAUCAACUUGGCCCUUUGGAUGAAGAACAAAGUUGGGAAUUGUUCCGUAGCGAGGUGUUUGGUGGAGAAGAGUGUCCUUCUUAUUUAGAGCCUAUUGGUAAAUCAAUUGCCGAAAGUUGCAAGGGUUUGCCAUUGGCUGUCGAAACCAUAGCAGGGCUUGUCAAAGAAAGGAAGAGAUCAAAUACAGAGUGGCAAAGUAUUAAGAAUAUAAUUCUUAAAUGGGAUGAUGAUGAUGAUGAUGAUGAUGAUGAUGGCGAAGAUGACGAUGAUGAUGAUUAUAAGAAGCCGAUGACGAUGAGUAGGAUGAUGAAGAUAUUGAAGACGAGCUAUGAUGAUUUACGUCCAAAAUUGAAGCGAUGCUUUCUAUAUCUUGGGGUGUUUCCGGAAGAUUGCAAGAUUGCAGCAAGGGAGUUAAUUGAACUAUGGAAUGCAGAAGGCUUGACAAAAGUAAUAGAAGAUGGAACUUCAAAUGCAUCACAGCCUGAAGACCUUGGUGAGGAACGCUUGAAGAUGUUAGUGGAUCGUAACUUGGUACAGGUGGUGAGUAGGAAGAGUGAUGGGGAAGGCGUGAAAACAUGUCGGAUCCACGAUCUCUUCCGGAAACUGUGCAUAUCACUGAAUAACAAACCAGAUAACAACGACAAUGAUUGUAGAUUAUUGUCCUUUCCCAGAAACGUAGGAUCCUACUAUGCCUGUUCAGUAGAGACAUGUAAUGAAUCACCAACUCUUUCACUAUUCUUUUAUGGAGAUGCAGAGGGGUGGGCCCAACAUAUUUCAGAAAACCGCCGUGUUAAGGUGCUGUAUUUUUCUCAAUGGGUAAGUAAUAGUUCAAGAAGUGUUGAGUAUUUGGAGAGUUUGAGUUUGACAUCCGACCUCAAGUACUUGAGAAUGGACUUUUCUGACUCAGAUGGGUUGCAUAACUUUCCAAGCUUAGAAACAUUACAUAUACUGCACGACGGUUGGGCGAUUGACCUAAGCAUUGGGGGCUUAAAGAAACUGAGACAUCUGUACAGUCAAUGUCAGCUGAAUUUAUUAGGAGUUGAAGAUAAAAUGCAGGAUCUUCAAACUCUCCCUUGUGUGACUGCCGAUUCACAUCUAUGGUCCUUUGUCCACGGUGGCUACUUUCCCAACUUGAGAAAGCUGGCUUUAAUUUUCAGUAAAAGAUACCGAGACAGUUCAGCAGAGAAAAACAUAAAGAGCCUGCGUGGCCUAAGCAAGCUACGUGAGCUGACACUUAAGUUUGUUCACUUUAGUGGAGUUUCAUUAGAUAAUGCACUUCCGUCAAGUCUUACCAAGAUUUCCUUGUCAGUUUUUACGAAUUUGAAAUCCAAGGACAUGAAUACCUUGGGACUAAUGCCCAAGCUUCAAAUUCUAAAAUUGACUUGGGGAAGUUGUGCCGAAGAAACUCUUGAUAUUGGUAGUGCUGGGAGCUUUCCGUGUCUUGAGGUGUUCAUCAUGAGACAGGUGAGAAGUGUCGCAUAUCUUAAAUCAGGACAAGGUGCGAUGCCUCAUCUUCGACGUGCGGUCUUCUGUUACUGCCCUGACUUGAAGGAGGUCACUCAACGAAUGCGUUCCUUGGGUAGUAACUUGGAAUUUUUAAACGACGUGAUUGAUUUGUGUGAGACAUUUGAUAUCAAUGUCACUGCUUCCUCCCAAAAGGAGAACUCUCCAUAA